UCUAAUACCGCCGGUAUAUAUCGGAUAACAGGAGAAAUGAACCGCCAUUUGCUUAACCCUAAUAAUAACUCCACCGGUUCCUCUCUUCUUCGUCACUCUCUUGUCGCCGUCCCAGUGUAAAAAUUACAUACAACACCUGUCGGAGUGUUUUCUCUCACCAAUCUUUGCGCCUCAGCUGUUUCGCCCAUAACUCGUAAAAGAGAGGAGUUAUCGAAAGUUGAAGAGCUUUCGAGUCCAGACGCAGCGGAACUCCAUGGAGGAUUGGGAAGAUGAGCCUGUUCCAGAUCUCUUAAGCAAAAAGGAGCUUCUGAAGAGCAAUUGGGAUGAUGAGGAUUUGGACGAAGAUGGUAUCAAGGAUUCUUGGGAAGAUGAAGAGGAGCCUGCGAAGCCGCUUCCACCUCCUGAAAAGGCUGUUAAAAAGACUGCAUCAAAACCAGAAGAAAAGAAGGUGAAAGCUGUUGAAGCCAUAAAAGAGGUGCCUUUAGAUCCUUUAGAAGAAAAACUUCGGCAGCAGAGGCUUGUUGAGGAAGCUGAUUUUAAGGCUACUACAGAAUUGUUUUCCAAGAAGGGUGAUGAAAAGACUCUGGAUAAUUUUAUUCCAAACAGUGAGAAUGACUUUUUGGAAUAUGCAGAACUCAUCUCUCAUAAACUUCGUCCAUACGAGAAAAGCUAUCACUACAUUGGUCUGCUCAAGUCUGUUAUGAGGUUAUCAUUGACUUCUUUGAAAGGAGCAGAUGCCAAAGAAGUUGCCUCAUCUGUUACUGCAAUCGCAAACGAAAAGAUAAAAGCUGAAAAAGAAGCCAAUGCAAGCAAAAAGAAGACAGUUGGAAAGAAGAAACAAUUGCAUGUUGGCAAACAAGAAGAUGAUGCAGUGGUGGUUGAUGGUUAUGAUGGUUAUGAUGACUAUGAUUUUAUGUGAGCCGACAUUGUUUCAUAUGAGCACAUGAAGAGAAUCCUGCGGCCUGUUUCAUUGUAUGCUAAUUGAAAGAUUGGGAGAUGGACUGUUAACAUUUUUUGUUUUUUGAUGCAAUAACUGAAUAAGGAGAUCUACGUUGAGAUUUUGUUUUAAUGUAUGCUGGUUGGAUGGUUCCUUUGGGGUAUCUAUAUUGGAGGUGGUAUCAGGUAUGUGUAAAAUUUGGUAUAUAAGUUCUAAUUUAUUUAUUUUACCUUCCAUUACUAACUAGACCAAAAAGUACUAUACAUUUGAAUGACUCAUUUUACUUUCUUAUGCUUUGGUAUUCGAGAGGCAAGGCUUCGGUUGGACAGGGGAGUGUGACUGUGUGAGAGGGCAUGCUUUUGUCAUAUUCUCUCUCUGCUUCCUUGUUGUAACUUGUAAGAACCAAACUUUCAAAUGGCUUCAGCCUUCAGAAUAUGUAAUGGCCUAUUUUUUUUCGCAUUUAUCAAGGUGUUUUGCCUUUCAUAGGACCUAGUAAUAUUAUAUACAUGUAUAUUUUUGCAAAAUUAUAAAUUUUUAUGUGUAUCGCAUUGUAUUC